AUGCGCAACCCGAUUAAAGUGAUAACUCGUAGCCAUACGCCCCCGAAGAUUCGGCCUUCAUUACGGCGCAUUCGCCAGUGUCCCCAUCCAUGUCCGCUUCUAUCGGUAGAAGAGAUCGAACAACGGCCUGGUAUUGUUGAUGAGCGGCAACCUGGGAUCCGGAAGCUUCACUGUAUCCCCAUCUUUCGAGUCCGCGAUACGCCACUCCGCUCACUAUACCGGCUCAUCGAAUGCGCCCAGGCCAGUGACUUCAUCAUGAUGGGCUACGAAUGCACAUACUUCUUCCACCACUGCGAGCCUCGAUGGCUACUAUCAAGAAUCCCGGACCCUGAAGACGAAGACCCAGUCCGGUAUGCCUUCUUAGCCAGCAUGGCUGAAGCCCGAGCCGAUGCGUUCAACUGGCGACUCGAGCUUGGAAUGCGUAGAAACAACACACUUGAUAAGACUGAAAAACGCAGUACCAACUUCACGCCGGAAAGGGCGCCAUCUUGGACGUUGAAGGUUGGGCCGGUUGAGAGGCCUCUUGCUUUUGGUGAGUCUGAUUCUGUCCCUGUGACGCCGGAGCAGCAUUUCCUGGAGAGAAACAUCACCAUGCCAAAUGGUUAUCUAUAUACUGUAUGA